AUGUCUUCAAUUCAAAACACAGGAACAAGUAUGCUUCCUCAGACACAGGAUGACGAAGCAAUGGCGUCGUUUGCGAUAAAUAUGGUCGACCCUUUCGAAAGGAAAGUACCCGUGAAUGAAAUCAAGAUGAAGGUCUUGGUAGCAGAUACAAACAGUUUAUUGAAGCGUGUACGAUUAGACAAUUACGCUGAAAGAAUUGUUACGGUAACCGGUGUAAUCGACGAAGUGCGCGACGCUGCCUCAAGAAAUUAUUUGAGGACGACUCCUUUCCAGUUAGAGUUCAGAGAACCAUCUGCCGAGUCAAUUAAAGCAGUAGCUGAUUUUUCCAAGAAGACCGGAGACUAUCAAGCUUUGUCUGUUGUAGAUAUGCGCGUGCUUGCAUUAACCUGGAUGAUGGAGAAGGAGGUAAAUGGCAACACGGAUCACAUUCGCACGGAGCCCUUGAAGGCUGGGGCCAAGAUAAAAGGAGGUAAGUCCACAGUCAAUAACAGAGCGGUGAAUGCCGUCACCACGGGUAUUCAGACGACCCCGUCAUCCAAACAGCCAUCCGAAGGUCCCCCCACAUCUAUUAAGAAGGAUACGGAAACGCCAGAAGUUGCGUCAGCACUUGAGAACAGUUCAAAGUAUUUCACUACAACCACGAGCACAACAAAAAAUGCACCAUCUGCCCAAGUAUUAGAGAAAGAGGCCACUGAGUCAACUGAGCCGACUGCUAAUGAAGGUAGCACAAAAGAGGAAGAUGCCGGAGAUAGCAAAUCAGUCAUAGGUACACAAACAGAUGCAGUGGAUGCUCCUGCGCCGAAGAAAAAGUCGUCUACAAGGGCAGCCAAGAGACGCAGAAAUAAGGAGAGGAAUGCCGUUAACAACACAGCAACUUCAACAUACACCCCGAAGAAUGCAACUGCUGCACCACCGGUGUCAGAGAAGAAAAUCACUGGGUUUGCUGGGAAAGCGGCAAAGGGUGGUAAGAACGCCACAGCUACGGAGCGUGCCGGUGUUGCUCCCGCGGACGAUGAUGGCUGGAUCACACCAACCAAUUUUCACAAGGCUGCCGCCGGAAGUGAUCUUAAUGCCACUAAGUCAGCUGGCGAGGAAAACAAGGUGGGAUGUAUGACAACGGAUUACGCUAUGCAGAACGUUCUACUGCAAAUGAAUAUGAGCGUAAUCAGUGUCGAUGGGAUGGUCAUUAAGCGUGCGAAGAGCUUCGUGCUUAGGUGCCAUGCGUGUUUCAAGGUUACAUCACAAAUGGACAAACAGUUCUGCUCGGAUUGCGGCAAUGCGACAUUGGUCAAGAUGAGUGCGAGUGUAGAUAAGAAGGGAGUGACGCACUACCACACGAGCCGUACAAAGAAGAUAAGUCUCAGGGGAUCGGUAUAUUCUAUUGCCGCACCCAAGGGUGGUAGGCACGCCAAUAAUUUAAUCUUGCGCGAGGAUCAGCGUGAAUAUAAACAACAGAAAGACAAAGCUAGACGACAGGAGAAAACUUACGAUGUAUUUGCCGAUGAUUUCAUGGACCGCAGCUCGCCAUUUGGUGUUUCCAAGCCUGAAAUCAAUGUCCUGGUUGGCCAUGGACGCAAGAACCCCAAUUUGGUAAAACACACCGGGAAUCGAAAAAAGAAAAUGAAUAAGCACGACGUUUAGCAUAGUAAUGAGGUCGAACUUUUAAAC